AUGGCGACUGCCGCCGUUGAUAUUCCUUUUCUCUCCUCGCAUUAUGCGAUCCCGGAAUCCGCGUUGACUACCCUAUCGGAGAAUCCGACCGUCGAGCUUGUGAACCAGCUAUUGGAGAAUAUUUCGACAAAGGCUCGCGAGACGGAGGAGCUUAAAUCUGACAAGCUACGGCUGGAGGUAGAGCUUGAAAAUGCUGUCCGUGGUGGUGAGGCAAAGGUGAAGGUGCUGAAGUCGUCGGUCGAGAAAGGCCUUGAGGAAGUAUCAAAACUUCGAACUAAGCUUCAGGAAUCAGAAAACACUCGAUCCCAGCUUGAAUCAGAAAUUGGGACUCUAAAGUCAACAUCUUCCACCAGCGAAGCAGAAGUUGGAAGCUUCAGGUCACGCAUCGCAUCAUUAGAAGCAUCGAAUCGGGACACCCUUGGCCUUCUCGAAUCCAAAUCUACCGCGUACGACAAGCUUGCCGAAGAACUGUCCACCCAGCAUCGUAAAACCAUCGACCUUCGACGUGAAGUCACAGCUCUCGAGCAGAAGAUACAAGCGGCAUCAUCUACAGCCGCCAGUACACGAUUCCGCGAACAGAGCUUGCAGCAGGAAGUGGAGCUGCUGAAGAAGAACAAUGAGUGGUUCGAGACCGAAUUGAAGACCAAAUCUGCGGAGCAUCUCAAGUUCCGAAAAGAGAAGAGCGCUCGUAUAUCCGAACUCCAACGACUGAAUGAAGAAGCCAAUUCGAAAGUCGAAACACUGGAACGGAGCGAAAAUGCUCUCAAACGUCGUCUAGAUGACGUUGAGCAGAAAUACGAGGAUUCUCUAGCAAGUAUACAACAACUCAAGGAAGAAGCUAUCCAAGCAAGCGAAUCUUUCCGCAUCGAACUGGAUAGUUCCUCACGCCUUGCACAGCUUCAACAGGCUGCCGCUGAAACCGCAAAACAACGAGUGCAGGAAUUCCAAAUUACGCUGGAAAAAGCUAGAGAUGAUGCCACCGAGCAAAUUUCUAGGCUUCGAGCCGAAAUUGAAACCGAACACUCUGAUAAGGAAGCUGCCGAACGCCGUGUCGCAGAGCUAGAGUUGGCCGUUAAACAACUAGAAGCUGAAGGCGCCGCCGCACGACUACAACCCAUGAGCCCCAGCCUGAAUAAUGGCGUUUCUACACCUCUCCGCCCUGGAACCCCUGUUGGUUCCUUCUCGCCACGAUCUUCACGCGGCGUGAAGGGUGGGUUGACGUUAACCCAGAUGUACACUGAAUACGACAAAAUGCGGACACUUCUCAACGCCGAGCAAAAGAAUAAUGAGGAGCUCAAAGCUGCUAUGGAUGAAAUGGUACAGGAUUUGGAGUCGAGACAACCAGAGAUUGAUGAGCUACGUUCAGAUCACUCACGCCUUGAGGCCGCUGUUGUUGAUAUGUCCAACAUUCUAGACACGGCCGGCAAAGAAAGAGAGGCUGCAACCCGGGAGGCUAGGAAAUGGCAGGGACAGGUUGGCGGUUUGGAACGCGAAGGACAGAUUUUACGCCAGCAACUUAGGGAUCUUAGCUCACAAGUGAAGGUACUGGUUAUGGAAGUCCACUUACUCUCUGCUGGCGAGAAGGAAUACGACCGAGCAGAUCUAGAGAGAAUCGCUCGUGAGGGCAUUGAAGAGUCAGCAGAGGACAUGACAGAUACCGGCCAGUUUAUCAGCCGCCACGUAACGACCUUCAAAAACCUCGGCGAGCUGCAGGAGCAAAAUGUCACACUUCGAAGAAUGCUUCGGGACCUUGGAGACAAGAUGGAAGGCGAGGAAGCCCGGAAAAAGAAUCUUUCCCACCAGAAGGACCAGGAGGAACUCAAAGAGCUACGUGUUCGUGUUCAAACCUAUCGUGAUGAAAUGGCAAACCUCAUCUCCCAGACCAAGAGUUACAUCAAGGAACGAGAUACAUUCCGCAGCAUGCUUAUCCGUCGUCGCGAAACUGGAGAAUCCUCUGAACCCUUCUCCCAAUCCCUCCCCUUGGGAGCUGCUCCUCCCGCACUGGAUAGCAGUACUAUGUCUGCUGCUCCGGGCCCCGACUAUGCUGACCUUCUCAGGAAAUUACAAGUUCAUUUCGAUUCCUUCCGCGAAGAAACAGCAACCGACCACUCCUCGUUGAAACAGCAGGUUAACGAGCUGACGAGGCGAAACAAUGAACUCCAGAGCGAAGUUAGCCGCGCAAGUAGCCAACUUGCUUCUGCUAUCCAGCGUGCCGAGCUUCUACAAUCGAACUUCAACCUGCUUAAGGGCGAGAAUGUGGAGCUUCAGAAGCGACAUACCACCUUGAUGGAAAACGCAAACAAACAAGACCUUCGAACGCAACAGGUAGCCGAGGAUCUUGUAGAGGCACGAGGUCUCGCGGAUAGUCUCACGAGGGAGAGCGCAAAUCUCAAAGCAGAGAAGGAUCUUUGGAAGAGUAUAGAGAAGAGGCUGGUGGAGGAUAACGAAGCGUUACGAAACGAGCGCAGUCGUUUGGAUUCAUUGAACGCAAACUUACAGUCUAUGUUGAAUGAACGCGAACACUCUGAAUCUGAAAGUCGACGUCGCCUUCAAGCAACCGUCGAGGCUUUGGAAUCAGAGCUGCAAACCACGAAACGUAAACUCAAUGAAGAAACCGAGGAGGCAAAGAAGGCAACACUUCGAAAGGAAUACGACCACGAGCAAAGCCAAAAGAGAAUCGAUGAUCUUGUUACGAGCCUGGCAUCCUCUCGUGAAGAGCUUAUUGCCACGAAAACAAGUAGAGAUCAUCUGCAAUCAAGGGUCGACGAGCUAUCAGUCGAGCUUAAGAGCGUCGAAGAGCGGCUCGCGGUGUUGCAACAUAAACCUAGCGCUAAUGCUCCAGCUCCAGCUUCUGGUGAUGAAACCUCUGAGACCGUUACUGAAAAUCAAUUAAGCCGAGAGCAGGAAUUGGCCAUUGAAGUUUCUGAGCUGAAACGCGAUCUCGAGCUGGCCAAGAGCGAACUGGAACAUGCGAAGGAACAAGCCGAGGACUAUAAGGCCAUUAGCCAGUCGACCGAAGAAAGGCUUGAGGCACUUAACGACACCAACGAGCAGUACCGUGAGGAAACAGACCGCCUCCUCGAGGAAAAGAAUGCCAAGAUUUCUGAUUUGGAGAAACGAGUCGAGGAGAUUACCGGUGAACUCGCAGCUACCAACAAUGAAAUAUCGAAACUUCGGGACCAAGAGGGAGAGGCACAGCGCCGCAUGGAGGACCAGAAAGAAAUGUUGGAGGCUGAAAUCAAGAGACUCAAGGAAAAUGAAGAACGAUACACUGCAGCUGCGCAAUUCCAUCAACAAGAUCUCAAAGCACAAGCCGAAAUUGCUCAGAACGCCCAACAGAAUUACGAGAAUGAGCUUGUUAAGCACGCCGACGCAGCCAGGAACUUGCAAACUGUUCGAGCUGAAGCAAACCAGCUCAAGCUGGAAGUGGUGGAUUUGCGAACCCAAACAGAGACGGCCAAGAAUAACCUAACACACCAAGAAGAGAAUUGGAAUGAAAUGAAGGAACGAUAUGAAUCUGAGAUUGGAGAGUUGAAUCGCCGUAGGGAAGAAGUUCUCAAUCAAAACUCGCUGCUACAUGGACAGCUGGAAACCAUUACUCGUCAAAUUUCCGCAUUGCAACGUGAUCGCGCCAGCAUGCCCGAGAAUACCGAAGAAGACGGCAAUGCAUCUGGUACUGAUUUGGAAGGUCUCCAGGAAGUCAUCAAAUUCUUACGCAGAGAGAAAGAAAUUGUUGACGUCCAAUACCAUUUGUCAACUCAAGAAAGCAAGCGACUCCGACAACAGCUCGACUACGCUCAGGGCCAGCUUGAGGACACUCGUCUCAAACUCGAACAACACCGUCGGGCCGAAGCCGAUAGCGAGCAUAACACUCUCAAUCACAAUAAGCUCAUGGAAACUCUCAAUGAGCUUAACCUCUUCCGUGAGAGUAGUGUCACUCUUCGCAAUCAAAUUAAACAAUACGAGGCAGCUAUCACCUUGAAAUCGGCUCAAAUCGAGGAACUUCAGCGGCAAGCCGAGCCCCUCCAAACUCGCAUCCAGGAACUCGAGAAUAACCUUGAAGCUAAGGAUGGUGAAGUGAAACUACUCCAAGAGGACAGGGAUAGAUGGCAGCAGCGAACGCAGAAUAUUCUUCAAAAGUACGACCGUGUCGAUCCUGUUGAAAUGGAAGCAUUGAAGGAAAAGCUUGCUUCUCUCGAGAAGGAUCAAACCGAGGCGUCCGCCGAGAAGAGUGCCCUUCAAGCCCAAAUUGACUCGUUCCCGGAGCAGCUCAGACAAGCAGAGGAGAAAGUUCAGGAUCUACGUUCUAAACUUACCGAGCAGUUCAAAGCUAGAUCGAAAGAGCUUACAGGCAGAAUCAACGCUAAGCAGACAGAGCUCAAUGUUGCUAUUCACGAAAAGGAAGCUCUCCAGGUAGAGUUGAAUAAUACCAGAGAAGAACUCAAUUCGUUGAAGACCAGUAUAUCAGAAAACCCGCCCGCGACACCUGCUCAAACUGGUACAGAGGUACAGGCAACUAAUACAGCUCCGCCUAUUAUCUCCUCCGAGCAACCUAGCCUUGAAAGCGCGCAGAAGAUAGCAGAACUCGAGGAGAAAGUAGCAAGAUUGGAAGCAGCCCUUGCUGAGAAAGAUGCGGAGGUGGAUGGAAGGAUCAGGGAGAGAAUUGAAAAGAUGAAGGAGACUCUGAAUAACAAACUGGCGGAGUACAAGGCGGCUCAUAAGGAGCAGGUUGACAAAUUGGUUGCAACCUAUCAGCAAGAGCUAGCAGCCAAAUCUUCUGGAGGAGUGCCUCAAGAGCUUUCUGAUAGUCAGGCAAGAGAGCUGGUGGCUACGAAUGAAACCAUCCGUGGCAUUGUCAGAAACAGUAUCAGGAAUGCCUUGAGUCGGGAACGAGAAACCAUGCCGAAGGAGGCUGACCCAGCUGCUAUAAAAGAGUUGGAGAAGAAGUUCAAUGACGAAAAAGAGGCUCUAUUGAAGGAGCGUGAACAAAAGAUUGGCUCCGCUGUCGAACUAGCCGAGAAACGAUUGCUGGCCAAGGUCAGCAUGACGGAAGGCAGAGCUAGGAAUGCGCAAGCUAAACUUGAAGUUGUCCAAAAAGCUGCAACCGAUACACCACAGAAGCCAGUUGUGGAGGUUUGGGAGGUUGCUAAAGUUGCUAGACCAGCCCCAGCAUCCCAAGCUGCUACUCCUAAGCCAGCACCACAGACGCCCGCAGUCGUUCAAUCCCCAGCUCCAGCUCCAGCUCCAGCCCAACCCCCAGCUCCUAUGCCGCAAGCAGCUCAGCAGCCCGCUCCACAAACACCGGUAGCCCCCACGACGCCCGCAAAGCCAGCAAUGCCAACUGAAUCCCAGCCAACCCCAACCCCAGCUGAACGGCCUACCCAAGUAACUCAGGCACCCCAAGGACAGUCUAUACCUCAACCAACCUCCCAAGUUCCUCAGCAGCAAGGUCCUACUGGUCCACCCGCAGCAUCUAGCAUACAAGCCCAAAGAGGUCAGCAGCCUCAGCAGGCCCAACCGGCCCAACAAGCCCAGCCGGCUUCAGGACUCCCCAAUCGCCCUCCUCAAGCUACACAUCACCCGGCCGCAGGGACAGGUCCUGGAGCACUUCGUGCCCUUCAAUCAGGCCUACCCGUUGCCAGGGGUGGACGCGGUCGAGGCGGCCCUGCUGGCCAAGCUGGUCAGCCGCAUAGUGUCGUCGGCCAACAAGGCCCUGGUCAACAACAACAACAACAACCACAGCAACUACAGCAAGGCCAGCAACUGACUGCCUCGCGAGGUCACGGCGUUCCUCGAGGCGGUCGUGGCCGAGGUGGCCAAGGACGCGGAGGAGCCCAGCAUGUUCAGACUGGAAACCUGCCAGCCGGCACGGGUCAAUCGAGUCCGAGGGGUGGACGUGGCGGACUGAAUGUUCAAGCACGGCAAUUUAUCCCGCAAGGCAAUAAACGGACAAGAGAAGAUGGAGCUGAAGCACCUGAUACAGGGAACGGGAAGCGAAUCCGCGGAGGUGGUGCGGGUGCAAGCUAA